CUCUUCCUGCACCUUGUUCGUGAGACGCGCGCGCCAGCGUCUCUACACUUUGCCCUCAGGACCAAUGGCAACGAGGCGAGGGGACAUCUUGCGCGAGGUAGAGGCUAAAUCCAUCAAGGAACGAAAUGAAGGCAUUAAACACCUGCGGCAAUGGUUGGAAAUCCCUGGUGAAUUGACGCGUAUAACGAAGAGCAAAUCAACUACCUGGGAGGACAUAUUGGAUGCGCUGUACACGAAUCUUACCAUCGAGCGGGAUGCCUACGACAAGGCGAGGGGGAAGGUCAACGCCAGCACCGCAAGCGUCGAGAAGCGCCUCACCGACACGGCCAUGCUCAUCCGACAUAUCUGCGAGAACGUCGGCCACAACCUUUCCGACCGCGUCGUGCGCAAGCUCAUCCGGAACCUGAAGGACAGGAUGCGAAGGAACACCAUGACCCUCCUCGAACCCGUCGUGCUCGACUUCGUCAAGGCUUCGAAGAUCCUGCUCAGCUACCCCCCACACAUGUACUCCUUUACCUCCAAGAAGCGGAGGAAAGCGUCCAGGUCGGACGACGAGGACGAGGACAGCGAUGAAGAUGUAGACGCCCUCGACGAGAUUCAGCCACGCGAGAGGGAUUGGGUGGAGUUGACCUCAAUGGCAUUCAAUGUCGUUCUCGACCAACCUCUCAAUCGACGCAUCACAGCGGAGGACGAAGAUGACGCGAUGGAUGUGGACGCAAGCAGCGAUGCGCAGGACGAAGAAGACGACGAGGAAGACGAGGACGACGACGGGCGCGCGUCUCCGCGCAAGCGAUCGCGCCCAACUUCAAGUCACUAUCCCGCCUCAAGGGCCUCGCCAGCGGUCAGGGGGAUGGCGCGCCUCUCCAACGACACGCGCGAGAAGCGAGAGUGGAUCGGCCUGCUCUCCGUAUUGGUCUCGACGCAUCGCAAUCCCAUGUUCCACAGCCUCCCCCUCACACCCCGAGUUCUCGGACGCAUCAGCCGUAUCCUGCAGAGCUACACCGCGGACUCAUCGAUCCACCACGAGCUGCUGCCCGCGCUGUCCUGCGUACUGGGGCGACUCUGCUUGUCGCAGAGCGCGGCUGUCAAGAAGUUCUCGAUGGACAGCUGGGACAGCCUCGUUAGCCUAUGGGGUCCGAAAGCGAAGCCAUUCCGGGAGCACCUCAUAGCGGCGUUGACCAUCCUGCUGCCAUAUCAUGUCCAUGCGGGAAAGAAGCAUGAUUGGGGCGAAGGUCUGGAGCGGCUGUACAAGGUGAUGGAGAAGGAGGUUGGGGCCAGCAAGGGUCUGUCACUCGACGCGCUGCGGCUCGAAGUGGACAUGCGGUACCCGCGAGACGAAGUCUUUCCUGCUUUCUCGACUCCGACUCUUCGGGUUACGGCGUCAUUCGACCAAGCGCAGGCUUUGAUCUGGGCUACGCUGGAGCUGGAAGCGGAUUGUAUAGUCAAGCUCUACGAACGUUCGGAGUCCAUCCAUUCCUACGUUACGGCCACGCCCACGCAGCGCGACAACAAGCGGACGAGAUUGGAGAACCCGCUGAAGUCAAUACUCGCCAGCUUGCUGAUGCACAGUUCGGCGGAUACGCACACCUAUCGCCUACAGACGCUCGUCUUCGUCAUCGAACGCCACUGGCCUACACUCCACUACGACCUACAGCAAGAUGUGAAGAGAACAUUAUCCGACGUUAUGGCCGCGCAGAAUCAGAACAGCACGAUCCAGUCGUGGGUCUUCAUCGCGUUCGCUGCCAUUGCGUACGCGGAGAGCCGUUCGCCUGCCAAGGAAGCAGAUUCGACAGCUAUUACUCCCGAUAACCUCGUCUCGUGGGAGGCCCUCUGGUCGUCGUGCAUGCGACGCUCUAACGUUCCGAGCGUGUGUCGCGCGGCCUGUCACGCCGCAGUCGCCAUUCUCGCCCACGCGUACCAGGCGCAACAUCUACCGUCUCCACUGCCUGUCUCAUCGACUGCGAUUCUCGCGGAGAUAGAGACGCUCAUGAAGGGCUUAGAAAGCCAAGGACCGGCUUUUCCUUGCGAUUCCGUUUGCCUCCUGCUCAGCCGCUGCCUGCACAUUGCAAGCCAGGAUGCGAGGCUCUACCGGAUGCGAAUGGAGGACAUUGCGCUCGCAUGGCUCGUCGAGUGCUGGCGCGUGGAUCCUACCUCAAAGGGUACCCUGCCGCUCUACAGCGUUCCCGACAUGCUUCGACUCCUCGGGAGUAUCUGCUCGUACCAGAAGGUCCCAGACCUGCUAGACCGCGUACAGCUUCCUGCAUGCCCCAUAACGGAGACGCUGGAGCAGCAGGCGCACACUCGAGUCAUGCGCGACUUCCUCCUCGAAGCCAAGGUCCCGUCGUACCAUCCACCUGCGCAGCUAGACCAUAGCUUGUCGCAGAGUGCGCGAGAUGGCCAAGACCCCGACGAAACGGAGGAAGCCGAACCGUCAGCUCGCGAGACGAAGAUUUCGAAGUUCCUUGGCCGAUGUUUGGAGCGCCUGGUCGACGCGCGGCCAGAUGAUAGCAAGGUCCCUACUGCGGAGGCAAUGCGUAGUGAGAUGUGCGUGGCCGUCAUUGCGUUGGCGUUCGAGGCUAUGCGCAAGGACAACGGUAUCAAACGAGACAAGAUUGUGGUGAAGCGUGCGAUGAAGCUCAUGUGUCUUCUGACGAAGAAACUAUUGGGACGUACGUUCAUGGACAAGGAACUCGCGGUCAUAUUACACGCCUUUGACCCGCUCUUGCGCUCGUCCGACCCGUCUCAGGAGUUCACGACGGAGUUGUUCGCCUCUGUAGCUCCCGGUGCUGGCAUCCGGUCGCAGCUGAUUCGUCGUUUGGCUUUCGAUUCUUCCGCGGAAAGGCGCCUGAAGCGGGAUUCACGUAUAACAUUCCAGCGGGUGGUCUGGGGUGACAACGAGAUCGAAAUGGAAAUCGGCGACAUUCGACGGCACUUGUCUGCCAUCCUUGACCGCACGACGCAGGUGGCACAAGCCACUCCGGAAGCCGUCCAGGAUGAUGCAGACUUCGCCGCAGUGCGCGAAGUCAUCGCUGCACCGAACACAACAGCAGACGCUGCUCGUCAGCAAGUCAUCGAGACUUGCGUUUGUGGGCUGUAUGCGAUACAAUACUUGCAGAGCGGCCAGCAAACACGCGCCAACGAAUUUGAUCGCUUCUUCGAAAGCCUGAAGGAUCAUUGGCAGCGACGGUUGCAUGUCCUCCACGCGCUUGUUGAUGGUCUCGAGACGCGUAUGCUUCACAUGAGCAGUCCAGCUCUCGCGGAUAUUCUCAUGGACUUCAAUGAAAUACUUCCCAAGUCUCGCGACAACGAAUGCCUUCAGUUGCUUGUCGUGCGUAUCCUACACGCCACCAUGCCCACAUGGACAUCGGACGUGGUAGAUGCCGAGGACUUCGAGGUCGUCGGCAUCGUCAACGAAUGGCUAUCUGAGAAGCUUCGACGGCGCGACUUCGACUGGAAAGUACGGAGUCGACUCGCAUCUUACCUUGCUGCCCACGUUGAGGCGGACCGAGAAGAGGCAAGAUGGACGGACUCGAGAUCCGAACGGCAGUGCUUUCGCGUGGAAUCGGGCAAGAGCCUAUCCUGGUACUACCCGCGAGCACUCCUCCCGUGGCUUGUAGGGGAUGUAGACAGCCGGGUCAGCUUCUAUGUGUCCUCCCUGCUGCCACGAGUCCUUCACCUUGGCACGGAACGGCACAUCCUGGACGAGGUCGUCCACUACGUUUAUGAUUGUUUGGGUGAAUGUCGGGGGCGCUCACUUGAGUCGUUGCUUGCGACCAUUCUCGCCAUGGCCAACAUGAUGAUCACAACCGUCGUUCGUCGCCGCACGUAUUGGAAUCUGCUCGACAGCUACUUCGAAGCGCCAAGCGGGAAUCAGCGCUUCAUGGAGUCCGUUUUGCGUUGUAUCCUCACCCAAGUCGCGCAGCGGAUUGGCAUGACGCAGCCUACCGAGCUAUUUGACGCCUACGCCUCUCAAAUCGCUUACAGCAUGAUCAAGUCUGGCAAGGACCUCAAUCGCCUUCCACCGACUGUACUUGGCUACCGCGAUCGCCUGCAGUGUAUCGCUGCCGCCUUCCGGGCAUUCGCUCCAUAUCUGAUUGGCGAGAAGGAAUAUGCAACCUUCAAGUCGUAUUGCACUCUGCUCGGCAAGCAGGAUCAUGAUGGCGUCCGCGAAUGCUUUGGCGACGUUGUCGGUGAUCUGGUGGCUCGGGACCUGGAUGUUGGAGGGUCAGCGGACCAGAUUGCUGCUGCAGCUGCCCUGGAUCAAGCGACAUUCGACGCCUAUUUGGCGCAAAGUAUGGACGCUGUGACCGUGGCGAUUCUCCGCGCUAUGGGAGAGCUCAAACUCCAGGUCAUCAAGGAUACUCUGGCAGAACAGUGUAUCCAAGAGAUGGCAGAUACCUUUCGUUGCCUAACCAGGUAUCGUGAGGACGAAACGAUCAGUGACCACGACGAGAUGGUGCCGUCUUAUAGUUGCACCACCAUCAUUCGUUGCCUCCAGUGGUGCAACAAGGAGGGUGGGAAUGCAGCAGAUGAUCUGUCGCGCACGUUCCAUAUUCUGCACGAACUCUUUGCCGAUGUCCAGCAUCACUAUAUGGUCGUUGAUCAGCGCCGGACGGUCAACGCUCUCUGCAUAUGGAUAUCUGCGUGUAGCCAGCACUUCGACGACAACGCCGUAUUGUACGCCCUCCUACAUGGUGCGACGGUCAUGCUAGGUCAUAGCGACCUGGUUUCGGAAGCUCAGUCCAUCCUUGACUGGGCCUUGGGGCGCUACGGCGAGAACUUCUCGCGGGAGCAUGCAAACGGCCAAGUGAGCGAACGAACAGAGGACCCUCGGUUCCUCGAUAUCUUCAUCCGCAUAUCCAGCUGCGCCAAUGCGUACAAGUUCGAGGCCGGAUGCGCUGAAUUGCAGGCAUUGGGCGAACGCCUAGCACUUUGGAUCGAUCGGAAGACCGCCCAGAUAUGCGACGCGCAUGGCAUGACGCAGCAGAUUCUGCGCGUCCUUCCCGCCUGGCCUUAUCGCCCUGUAGAUCAGUACUUGCUCGCCCUUCACGACGGCCUUGGGCCCAACGACUUGUCCAGCGUCCUGGCCAAUAAGCGUGUCACAACGAACAAGUUCGCUCUUGCCCGUCGACUGCGUGAAUACGCAUUGGCAGGCGCAUACGAUCCCGCUGACUUCGCGAAACGCGAUUUCUGGCACCUCAAGAGUCACAUCCCGGAUGUGGAGCGGCUCGACCCUGAAGACGUCGAGGCCUUCGCAAUCCUCUUAGUCUCGAAUCAAGGCCGUAUCGACAGCUUCAGUGAUGCUGCUCUCGAGUCGGUCAAGGCUAGUAGUCUUCGCAAACCGCAACCACGUGUCGACAUUAUCGUCAUCCUUGCAGAUAUGCUGCGUAGCGAGGAUGGUGCGCGAGUCUAUGCCGCAUAUUCUACUCUGAAGCUGCUCAUGACUGUUGUGCGACCGAGCAACGAUAACGCGGCACUUCCGGACGAAUUUCGCUCGUCCCGACACCUGACGACAGAGCAGAAAGCUGAUCUGAGGCACAUCAUGGCGUACUCGUGUGUCCUUCGGAAACAAGAUAAAUCCGAGCUGUACGAGACUCUGCGGUCUGACAACUACAUGCGCCUGACCCGCACCUUCGACCCCUGGAUCUCUGAUAUUGCUUACCUGCUUAGCAAGCACCUGGGGCAAUCCGACGUCUUUUACGCGCAACUACAUGAUAUGCUCAAGACCGACGUUGAGUUCGCGACGACUAUCUUCCCCAUACUCCUGCACACGCUACUGCACUGGGAACAAGAGAAUGCGCGUAGCGAAGAGCUCCGCUAUCGACAGGCUUUCUCGGUCUACUUCACCUCCAUUUUGCGCUCGGAUACAGCGCCGGCACCUUGCAAAGAGGUCAUCGUUCGAUCUGUAUUGCAUCUACGCCAUUAUCAGCCUUCGCACUCCGGGAAGGAGGUCGAAGAUGCCUGCGCCUAUGACAUGUGGCUCGAUAUCGACUACCUGCUCUUAGCUCAGAGCGCGCUUACCUGCCGCAUGUACACAACGUCGUUGCUCUUUCUGGACUUGGCGACGGAGUAUAACCCCUCUUCUGUCGAAGAGGGCUCCGAGAACGUCCUCUACGAGAUCUAUAGACAUAUUGACGAGCCAGAUGGUUUCUACGCCAUCAAAACCAACGACCUGCAGCAAUUCUUACUCCGGCGAGUUCAUCACGAACGCCAGUGGGAUAAGGCCUUCCGUUUACACGGCGCAGGAAUGGAAACCGCGCGCUCGACUACUGGCGAUCAACUUGGGCUUCUACGAUCUUUCCAUGCGUUCGGCUUUCACGGCUUAGCUCUCAACGCGAUGCCCGCACUUGCUGGUCAAUCUGAUGCAGACAUCGCGUACGAGUUAGGCUGGCGGACGGGUACGUGGGACCUCCCCGACAACAAGACGGCAGAGGAUAGCAGGGGCGCCUCUCUGUAUUUCGCGCUACGCGCUGUGCACCGAGAACGUGAUAGUACCGGUGUGGACAAAGCUGUUCAGCAUGCGCUUCUUCGCGAUAUGGCUCAGCUCCGCGCACUUGGGGAGGAGAGUUUGUCAGAAAUUCGGGAAGUUGCGCGCAGUAUGAUGUGCUUGAGUCAAGUCGCGCUAUGGAAUCACCCGGACUUUCAGGCCGUGCUUACGACAAGGGAUGCUGCAGCCCCGCAGUGGCGUGAGUUUGUGCAGACGAACGACGGUUUGCACUUUCAGGACCUGGAGAAUAUAGUCGCCACGAGAAUAUGUCUCCUACAAACCGUACGGCAGAAGGAGGAACGGGAACAGAUCGGCGAUAUGUUAUCACCCUGGAUGCAGAUGCUCGUGGCCACUGAACGUCACUGCUUGGUCCAUCUAUCCACGGCAGCGAGGCAAGCUCGGGAGGUGCAAGUGGCGCUCAACGCUAUCACUCGCGCUCAACGCUUGGGACACGCUGCCACUCUCGAGAUCGAGCAAGAAUACGCAAAUGUGCUCUGGGUACUUCAGGAGAAGAGGCUCGCAAUCGAGUCACUUCGACGCUUGCUUGAACCAGGGAACCCCCUCUCAGCUCAGACCAAUGAGAUCGACAUGGCCGUUUUGAAAGCAAGGAUGGGUACAUGGACCGCGGAGGCGUGUCUCGAAAAGCCCGACAACAUCCUCAGGAACUGGUUUGGUCCAGCGGUAGACCUCCUCUCGCAAGUGUCGGGCGGAUCCCCUAAGAAACGCACGGAAGUGUAUCGCCAAUGCGCCUCUUUCGCCGAGCGUCAGUACUACACGCUUUUCCGCUCCCCCGAAGGACGCCGAUGGAAACUGAAGAGCGAGCGCAAGCAAAAGGAACUGGAAGCUAUCGAUCGCACUCCGAAAGAACAACAGACUAUUCACAAAAGGCUGCGCCAAGUCAUCCAGAUGGAGCUCGACAAUGACCGCGCGAUUAUGAAGGAGCAUAUGGAUGGGCUGGAAGCGUUUUUGGCGCAAUCGUUGGACAUGCACUCACGCUGCUUGGCGGUUGGUGAUGCGUACGACGAUGAUGCUCCUAUUCGUCUGUGCUCUCUAUGGUUCGCAAACUGGCGCAUCGAGAAGGUUCAGGCCAUGGUCGACAAUUGCUUUCGGCGCAUACCGUCUCGCAAGCUCGUCUUCCUUUCUCACCAACUAUCGGCGCGUCUGUCGAAAGGCGACGAGCAGACACAAGCCAAUCAGACCACUCUGAGAAAGCUUGUGGUUCGCAUGUGCAAGGAGCACCCGUUCCAUUGCUUGUAUCAGGUCUUCUGCCUGCAAGUGAGUCGCAGGACCUCCCAAGCCGAUAUCUCGGACAGCAAUCGGCGACAGUCCGCUCGCCAGACACCAGGGUCUACAUCAUCUUCCGAACCCCCGACAGCAACCCAAAUGGACCGGUCGGAAACAGCGGGCGAGCUGUACGACAAACUCAAGGAUGAAGAUACCAGAGCCCAGGCGGUUGAUCGUCUGUGUUGCGCCGCGCUGGAAUGGGCGACCUUUCCAAUCGCCAAGCCCGAGUCGGAGAAGAAAAAGUAUUCACGGUCAGGCGUCCAGUACAAGGUUCCCUCCAAGCCGAAGUUGUUCAAAUUGCGGGACUGGCGGGUACCGGUCAUGACUGUGCAGACACCACUCGAUGCGACGUCGCGAUAUGAGAACUGCGCCUGGCUGGUCGGUUACGAGAGUACAUUCUCCACCAUGGGUGGUCUAGCACUGCCCAAGGUCUCCAAAUGCCGUGAUGUUUAUGGGCAGAGUCACAAGGAGCUGUUCAAGGGUGAAGGGAACGACGACUUGCGUCAAGACGCCGUGAUGGAGCAGGUGUUCGAGCUAUGCAAUUCCAUUCUCCAGCGCGAUCAGGAAACAAGGCGACGCCGGCUGACGAUGCGCUGCUAUAAGGUUGUUCCUCUAGCAGCGCAGGCCGGCGUGCUACAGUUCGUCACGAAUACAGCUCCAUUGAACGCUUGGAUACCGAGCGCACACGCAAGAUACCAUCCCGAUGACAUACCCACGAGGAUCGUCCAAAAGCAACUCAAAGACACGCAGGAAAUGUGUACCGGAAAAUCGCCUCAGCACCCGAUAGAGUAUCUCACCAGUUGGUUCGCCGAGAUCGUCACGAAGCGGCACAGGCCCGUCAUGCGCUACUUCUUUCGCGAGAAACACAAGGAGCCGACGGCGUGGUUCGCGACACGCCUGAACUAUACCCGCAGCGUUGCAGUUACGUCGAUCGUUGGGCAUGUCUUGGGUUUAGGCGACCGGCAUCUCUCAAACAUCCUGCUGGACCAGCAUAACGGUGAAGUUGUUCACAUUGACUUGGGCAUUGCAUUCGAUCAGGGUCGCGUUUUACCCGUUCCGGAGAAAGUACCGUUCAGGUUGACACGCGACAUGGUUGAUGGCAUGGGCGCGUCCGGUACACAGGGCGUGUUCCAGCGAUGCGCAGAGGAGACGCUGCGUGUUCUUCGUGGCGGAUCUGAAAUCAUCCUCGCAGUGCUUGAAGUCUUCAAACACGAUCCUCUGCACUCAUGGACCGCGAAUGAGCACAAACUUGAGAAGAUCCAGCGUGACGCCGGGGUCGCGGCGGAGAAGGCACGCCGCCGAAAGAAAGAGCAAGAGAAGAAGGCCAAUGCGUCUGCCGCCGAUGCUUACUUACGUGCAACCGGCCACGACCUCGACCUCGACCUCGACCUCGACAAUGGCACGUCCAUCGAGUCCGCGGAUCGCGCGUUAAUGUCGGUGGCGCGCAAGUUGGACGGCUCGCUGAGCGUCGAGUUCACCGUGAACGAACUCAUUGCGGAGGCGACAGAUAUGCAGAAUUUGGCGACAAUCUUCACUGGUUGGUCUCCGCACUGUUGAGCAAGCUCGUUAUACUUGGCUAAGGUGGCGAUUUGUGGAUUCCGCGUAUUGCUUAGACUGCUGUAUCAUAUCAUUUGUCCCAAGAACACACUGUAUACUAUACGACUGUAUUUCCUGUUCCAUGCCUUUGUACAGCGGCAAUCGUCGUCGCCCUUUUGGCCACGCAGUAGCAUUUAUCAUUGUCUUCUGCGAAACAUUAUCUCUGUCGUUCCGUUCCCUUUCGGGGCGAGUUCCCUCUUCUAAUAAACAGCACACGCGUAACGCGGAUGGAAGGCAAGAUCGGUAGUGACGUGC